ACUCCAGGUAGUCUAGUAGACAAGCCCGCUGGUACCACCAUCAAACUCGUCACACGUAAAAGCAACUCGCCGAGUGCUCCACCUCGAAACUCUCCGACACCCAAAAAUGUCUCAAGUCCCCGCAGCAAAGAUUCACUGGUGAAAUCAGUCCAAAGGACAAAAAAAGAAGAGCCACUCGGCACCGCGGAGCAAGGUCUGCCGAAGAAGCGCACUCAAAUUGCAGUGGAGGCUAAAAAGAAACAAGUCCCGAGUGUACACAAGAAGAAGCAGACGGGGAUAAGUUCUGGCUUGUCGGUGAUUGUUACACAGAAAAGCAAGAGUUCUCACAAGGGGAAGCCUCACGCCAAGCAGGCUAAAAAUCCCAAGAAAACCGUUCCCAGUGACGAAAAAAAGCCGAUGGCUGACACCGGCAAAGACUCUGGUGGGUGGUGGAGUACACUAGGGUCCUGA